AUGGCGAACACACCAUUCCUGCUAGAAUCCACUUUCGAUCUCAACCCUUUGCUCCAACAGACCUUCCAUUUUCCCCCACUUCGCUCUUUCCUAAUCACAUUCUCGUCUGGCGACAAUAAUGCUUUCAAAUCAAACUACACUCCUUACAAGAUGAUCAGCCAUUACCCCAAAAUAAGAACUAAAUGCUUCUUUAUGAUCCCCAAGCCCAAAGGGGAAAACAGCAUUGGUGGAAACAGUAUCCGGGAGGUUAAGGAUUUGAAAGCUAGUGGUGUAAAUGAAGUGAUUUGGAGAUCAAUAAAAAAUGUCGUGAAGGCCUUACAAAAACCAGUCACAACUGGAGUUUUAUUGGGUUUGUUAUUGCUUUACGAUCAUCACCAUGGUUGCGUUGCGUUGGCUGCUUCCGGUGGAGUUGGGCCAGCGUUUGGAGUUGGGGCAGCGGUUGGACAUGACUUAGGUUUUUGCGCGAUCAUGAUGAUAUUGGGUUCCAUUCUUGCGGUGCUGGCUUACCGAUUUCUUACUAUUACCGAUAAAAUAAGUGUUCUUAAGCUUCAGGUCGGAUUGUCAGAUACGGGUAAAUCACUGCAAACGAAUCUCAGUCGGAUUGUGCAGAUAACGGAUCACAAUCGCAUUUUUCAGAUAGAUGAUACAUACACAUCUAGAUACGCAUCUACAUACAACCGUGAGGAUUUGAGCUGCAUAUUACAAGAGACAACACUAGCUCUACUUCGGCAUCCUGAAUAUUGCAUCUCUGGUUAUUCCUCUGCAUCGACUUCACUUGUGUAUAAUGAGAGGAGCAUAGAGAAAGUUGAGAACCUAUUUGAUCAACUUUCUAUUGAAGAAAGGGGUAAAUUUGAUGUGGAUACUCUAGUCAAUGUCAACAACAUCAGAAUGCAACGUACAAUAAAUCAAAGAAAUAAAGACUUCCAUAAAGAGUAUAUUGUGAUUACAAUCAUUGUGGCUGCUAAAGGUGGACAUAAACUGCCUCCCAUAAAUAGCAGUACAGAAUUAAAGGAAGCAUUGCAAAAACUCGCGACUAUCCCUUUGAAUAGUGUUGAGGCAGUGGUGGUGUUUUUGACCCCACAAAAUGAAAACGAUACUCUUAUGGAACGAAAGUUUCUUGAAAAUUAUUCGCUUUUGCGCCCUCUUUAG